UCUAGGUGCAAACCUAGAAGGGGUGUUGGAGAAAUUGAAAGGCGUCCAGAGAGGGGCUUCCGGGAUUCAAUUCAUCACAAAUUAGGAUCUCACAGAAUGGGAAAAUCUGAGAGCCAGAUGGAUAUAAUGGAGAAAACAAGCAACUCAAGAAAGCACCGUUGGACUGUAGUGGAGAUCGGACUGUCCAUCAUGUUACUGCUGAUGAGCUGUGCUCUUGGGGGACUGGUGGUGCUUUACGCUUCAUCUCUCAAAGAUUAUCCAUACAGAAAUGGAGCUACAAAAGGCCCAGAGUGUCAAUUCAGUUUGGACAGCAGCACUUGCACAACUCCGGACUGUGUCACUGCAGCUGCAAGAUUAUUACAAAACAUGGACCAGAGUGUGGACCCCUGUCAGAACUUUUACCAAUAUGCAUGUGGAGGAUGGCUGGAGAGGCAUGUUAUCCCAGAGACCAGCUCACUUCACAGCGUCUUUAACAUCCUGAGGGACGAGCUGGAGAUAGUGCUGAAGGGGGUUCUGGAGACAGAAAGCAAAAGUGAUCGGGAAGCUUUCAAGAAAGCCAAAGUGCUCUACAGAUCAUGUAUGAAUGAAAAUUUGAUAGAGCAGCGUGACUCGCAGCCCCUCCUCAAGCUCAUCGACAGUAUUGGAGACUGGCCUGUAGCCUCUGAUGACUGGAACAGCACAGCAGAUGAAACAUGGUGGCUGGAGGACACCUUGGCAACCCUUAAUGCCCAUUACAACAAGAAGGUUUUGCUGGAAAUGUUUGUGUGGCCCGAUGACAGAGACUCAAGCAACCACAUCAUUUAUAUUGACCAGCCAUUUCUAGGAAUGCCCUCAAGAGAUUUGUACCUUAAUGAUGGUAACUACAAAAAGGUGCGUGAGGCAUAUCUGCAGUUGAUGGUUUCCAUGGCAAAAAUAGCACGAGAGGACAGGAACCUGACCCAGGACGAUGAGCAUGUGUGGGAGGACAUGAUGCAAGUGAUGGAGUUGGAGAAAGACAUUGCUAAUGCCACAUCUGCAGCUGAAGAGCGCAACGACAUUACUGUCCUCUACAACAAGAUGACCCUGCAAGAGGUACACGAGACCUAUGGCCUCAAUGGUUUUAACUGGACUCGCUACAUCCAGGGCAUCAUGGUGAGUGUUUCCAUUACAGUACAGCCAGAGGAGCCCAUCGUGGUCUACUGCACACCGUACCUCGAGAAGCUCAAUGAUGUGCUUUCUAGAUACGAUCGCAGGACUGUGCAGAAUUACCUGGUCUGGAUGCUCAUUUCUGAGAGGGUCAGCAGCCUGAGUCGGCGCAUCAAAGACUUGCGUGCUCACUACAGAAAGGUUUUGCAUGGAACCACGGUUGAGGAAGCUCGCUGGCGAGACUGUGUACGUUAUGUUCAGAGCAAUAUGGAGAAUGCAGUGGGGGCACUGUAUGUCCGUGAGACCUUUGCUGGAGACAGUAAACGCAUGGUUGGUGAAUUGAUAAAAAAGAUUCAGGAGGCUUAUGUGGAAACACUGGAGGAGCUAAAUUGGAUGGAUGAUCAGUCCAAAGAGAAAGCAAGAGAGAAGGCUAUGGCUAUAUCAGAGCAGAUUGGCUAUCCGGAUUAUAUCCUGAAGGAAGACAAUGAUAAACUGGAUGAGGAGUACACCCAUCUAAAGUUCAGUGAAGAAAGCUACUUUGAGAAUAUUUUGGAGAAUCUUCAGGCAACUGCUCAGAAAGCUCACAAGAAGCUAAGAGAACCUGUCGACCCUGACCUGUGGAUUAUUGGUGCAGCAGUUGUGAAUGCAUUCUACUCUCACAACAGAAACCAGAUCGUGUUUCCUGCUGGAAUUCUACAGCCCCCAUUUUUCAGUGAGAGGCAGCAUCAAGCCCUAAACUUUGGAGGCAUUGGGAUGGUUAUAGGACAUGAGAUCACUCAUGGCUUUGAUGACCACGGUCGAAACUUUGACAAGGAUGGGAACAUGUACAACUGGUGGAGCAACUACUCUACUGAACAGUUUGAUGAACAGUCAAAAUGCAUGGUGCAACAGUAUGGUAAAUUCAGCUGGAAGCUUGCCGGAGGACAAAAUGUGAGUGGCAUUACCACCUUGGGUGAGAACAUUGCUGAUAAUGGAGGAGUGAGGCAAGCAUACAAGGCAUACAUGAAAUGGGUGGAGAAGGAAGGCGAGGAGGCUCGUCUACCUGGUUUGGACAUGGACCAUAAGCAGCUUUUCUUCCUCAACUUUGCCCAGGUCUGGUGUGGAGCCUGUCGCCCUGAAUAUGCCAUCCAGUCAAUAAAGACAGAUUCCCACAGUCCUCUGGAAUACAGGGUUUUGGGCUCCCUGCAGAAUUUUGAAGCCUUUUCCGAUGCAUUCAAGUGCAAAAAAGGUACUCCCAUGAAUCCGGAAGAGAAGUGCAGAGUGUGGUAG